AACGUACAAAAUAUUCCUGGGUCUUCACAAUUACCAUGAUAUGAAUGGUGUACAACACCUGCAUGUGGAGCAAGCCUUUCCUCAUGAUGACUACGAUGCAAAUACUUUUGAAAACGAUAUAAUGGUCCUUAAGUUGAAGUCCAAGGCAGAAUUUAACGAUAAAGUGAAGUCCAUUGCUCUCGCAGACUGUGGUGAUGGCUCUCUGCCACAAUCAUGUGUCGUCUCUGGCUGGGGAAGAACAAAAGAAGGAAGCCAUAUGUCUGUGAAACUCCUGGAAGUUAAUGUAACCCUGACUGAUGAUGAGAGGUGUGCUAAGGAAAAGUUUUACUGCUCUAAGGGCAAGACUGGACCAGGCAAUGGAGACUCUGGUGGUCCAUUAGUCUGUGGAGAUGGAAAGGCAUAUGGGGUGGUGUCCACCAGCAGUAGCCCAACUCCCAGUGCUUCAUCAAUCCAUAGGUAUACUAAGAUACCCACCUACAAAGUAUGGAUCGAUUCCAUAAUCAGUGGUAAUGGGAAAUACUAAUACGUCGAAUGCGUGAUGGAUCAUGUCACAAUAUUUGCACCACUGAAGUAGAUCGCUCUUAAAUGACAUUAGAAUAAGGUUCAAUCCCCAAAAUACUUAUCCCAAUCACUGUAAAAAGGCAAAAUAUAAAAACAACAACCCAAAAACAAAAACGUAACAUCAUAUAGCAAAAAAAUGUGUUAUUGUGAUUACUUUUUAAAGCAUCUUUUUCUGUAUUCAGUUAUUGAGCUUUAUUAGAUGUGACAUGUGCUUAUAUGGUACUGCUUUGCUCUAAAUAAAUAAUAAUAAAGUAUAUCAAAGGUGUGUGAUGUUUGCUUUUAAAGCUUUCCCACUGCAUUUUCUCAGUACUUGGGACCCCCUGUUUUCCUUCGACAAGAAUGAUAUAUCAGACACUAACUUUCACUACCACAAAUGAAGUUGAAUUUAAAACUAUUUAGGGGAGCUUAUUUGUACAUGUUUAGGAUAAUAUUAUGAAUUGAGCAAAAAAUUGAUAUUUGUAACAUUUUAUUUUAAAACAUUCAAUUUUAAGCCAACAUAAAAUCUAUGCUGUCAUUGAUGUUAAAAUAAAAUACACUAAGAUAAACUUAACGGUGAUUAGUGCUUUAAGAUAUUCAUACCAGUGUUACAA